AUGAAAGCCCUGCUCUGCGACCUCCUGCUGCUCAGCCUCUUCUCCAGCGUGUCUGGCAGCUGCCAGAGGGACUGUCUGACCUGCAGGGAGAAGCUCCGCCCAGCGCUCGACAGCUUCGACCUCGAGGUGUGCAUCCUCGAGUGUGAAGGGAAGGUCCUGCCCAGCCCUCUCUGGGCGCCAUGCACCAAGAUCAUUGCCAGGGGCCCCUGGCAGCUCAGCCCUUCUGACCCAGAGCACCUGGCGGCUGCUCUUUACCAGCCAGUCACCUCUGAGAUGCAUCUGAAGCGAAUGCCCCGUGUCAGGAGCCUGGUCGAAGCGCAGGAAGAGACAGAGCCCAGCGUGGAGGAGGAUGGGAAGGAGCAGAAGCAGCUGCAGAAGAGGUUUGGGGGCUUCACCGGGGCCCGGAAGUCGGCCAGGAAGUUGGCCAACCAGAAGCGGUUCAGUGAGUUCAUGAGGCAGUACCUGGUCCUGAGCCUGCAGUCCAGCCAGCGCCGGCGCACCCUGAACCGGAAUGGUGUCCGGGUGAUCCCCAAAACAGCAUGUCGCCAGGCCCAGACCUGCCGGCUGGGCAUCCGGAUUCCUCCCGUCCCAGGGCACUGA